GCUGACCCAUUGAUUACUGUGAAAAAGGAAGAGGAGGAAGUGUUGGUUUUACAAACUGGGUGUGUGGCUGUAUUUUGGAACUUGAUAGUCUGGUAUUGUAAAACUGGAUUACUUUGGUAUUCUGGAACUCGGUAUUCUACUGUUUUGAAACUGGGUUACUGUGGUAUUAGACCACAGCUGCCGGUGCAGCCUGGAACAGUGCCGCUAAAGCAGACUAGCCAAAAAUCUCAUAUAGGUGAGGGAGAAGCGUGCGCGCUGUGCGCGAAAAGAGGCGUGUGAGUGGGCUGGGUCGGUAAGUACGGACUUUCGAGACCCAGGUGAUGUCACCUGAAGCCCAUGAUACUUGGCUACUUGGGCAAAAAGAGCUACGAUUGCAUCAAGCCGUGAGGAGGGCCAGGGACACGGCAGACUAAUGUCGAGCAGCACACCGACCGCCGGCCGAUCCCCUCCGCUGCCCGCGGCCCCAGCCGCGCACCGGGACCGGACGCGCCGUGACGCCACUGCCGGAAACGCCUCCCUGCGAUCGCUGCCUGCCGCUCCCGCGGGCGUUCUGUGCCGGUGCCGGCCAUGAGCAAGCGCAAAGCUCCCCAGGAGAGCCCCAACGAGGGCAUCACCGACUUCCUCACCGAACUGGCCAACUACGAGCGCAACGUGAACCGGGCCAUCCACAAGUACAAUGCGUACAGGAAAGCGGCCUCGGUCAUUUCUCGGUAUCCGAGCAAGAUACAGAGCGGGGCCGAAGCCAAGAAGCUGGAUGGAGUGGGUGCUAAAAUAGCUGAAAAGAUAGAUGAGUUCUUAUCCACUGGAAAACUACGUAAAUUGGAAAAGAUUCGACAAGAUGAUACAAGUGCUUCUAUCAACUUCCUGACACGAGUCACUGGCAUUGGUCCUGCUGCUGCUAGGAAGUUUGUCGAGGAAGGAAUUAAGACUUUAGAAGAUCUAAGAAAAAUUGAGCACAAGCUGACCCAUCACCAGCGAAUUGGGUUGAAAUACUUUGAAGAUUUUGAGAAAAGAAUCCCAAGGGAAGAAAUGCUGCAAAUGCAGGAAAUUGUGCUCAAAGAGAUAAAGAAACUGGACCCAAAUUAUAUUGCUACAGUCUGUGGCAGUUUUAGGCGAGGUGCAGAGUCAAGCGGCGAUAUGGAUGUUCUCCUAACCCAUCCCAGUUUCACAUCCGAAUCAUCCAAACAGUCAAAACUUUUGCAUCAGGUUGUAGAACAGCUGGAAAAAGUCCACUUUGUCACAGAUAUGCUGUCUAAAGGUGACACAAAAUUCAUGGGUGUCUGUCAGCUGCCAGAUAAAGAUGGAACAGCUUAUCCACAUCGCAGAAUUGAUAUCCGGCUUAUCCCGAAAGAUCAGUAUUACUGUGGUGUACUGUAUUUCACAGGAAGUGAUAUAUUCAAUAAGAACAUGAGAACUCAUGCUCUGGAAAUGGGCUUCACAAUCAAUGAAUAUACAAUACGCCGCUUGGGUGUUACUGGAGUUGCUGGAGAGGCCCUGCCAGUAGAAUGUGAAAAAGACAUCUUUGACUAUAUCCAGUGGAAAUACCGAGAGCCAAAGGAUCGGAGUGAAUAACUAACUGCUUGUCUAGGUUUAUGGCCUACAGAGAUAUUUUCAUAGCUUCUUAUGAAGAUGUGAAAGUGCACAGUCUUACUUCAAAUGUUACUUGAAAAACGGUAUAUUACUGAUGUCUAAAGCAAAUCCAUGGCACUUGAACAGAAUGUGUCGUGAAGAUAAAUCCUGUGAGAUUUCAUUUUCAUAUAGUCACAGAAUAAUUUGGGUUGGUAGGGACCUCUAAAUGUCAUGUAGUCCAGUCCCCCUGCCAUGAGCAGGGCCAUCUUUGACUAGAGGAGAUUGCUUAGAGCUCAGUCCAAUCUGACCUUGAAUGUUUCCGGGGAUGGAGCAUCCAGCAUCUCUCUUUGUAUCUUCUAUAUAUAUAUAUAUGUAGAUACCAGAAUGAAAAAGCGGGCUAUAUCAUGAAGUAUUCCUGAAGAGUACCAUUUUCAACCACUCUCUGUGUCUUGUCAUACCUGUGUUAAGUGUCUUGGUGCAGUGCUGAAGCUCAUGACGAGUUGCUCCUGUGUACUGACUUCUAAAAUCUUUCCGUAUGGGCUAUUGGCUAAGGUGGCCAUUCUCCUGUUGCAUGUGAACUGUGAAUUUCGUUACUAGAUAUGUUGUAGUACUAUUGAUUGCAGUGCUCUGUGUUUCGUUCAGCUUGGUCUGAUUAAUUGAUGCAUUGCAUUUUACACCUCCCCUUUAAUUGUUGGGAAAAGUAAUGAGUAUUUUGGAUGUGAGACAAGGUCUCUUCAAGAAUGCAUUACUAGGGAUUGUAUUUGGGACAGGGAUUCUGUUGGUUAACUUAAAAAUUUUCAAAGUAGUAAGCUACUAGCUUCCAUGUUUUACAGAGCAUGAGCAUGGAAUAUAUUGGUGCUAUUGUAUUUGAAUACUAUUUCUUAUUUUCAUCUCGCUUAAGCCUGCAGAACAACUAAAUUUUCAACUUGUUCUUAUACAAGGAGAGUUGAUCAAUCUUAGUAAUGGAGAUUACCAGCUGAUGCUCUUACUUAUCCAUUUAUUUUCUUCCAUUUUACUUGUUAGGAGUUUAAUUAUUUUCUGGGAAUGUUCCCCUGUGCUAAUGCAUGCAGUAGUAUGUAAGAAAACUAGAAGUUAACUUGGUACUAUGUGAAGUAUUCUGAUGCCUCAUUGUAAAAAUAUAUAUAUAGCUGAUAUAUUUAGUAUUUACUUCAAAUCAAUAGGAAUAAACAAAUUGAAUAUUCCAUCAUGAA